UGAAUUAUGAAAAGAAACACUACAAAUUCUUAAUAAUACAAUACUUUUGUACACGUCAUGAAACAGUACACAUUUCAUAUAUUUGUGUUUUCCUCUUCAGUAGUUUUCAGUUAUUUACAUUUACAUAUGUAAGUCUUUUUAGACGUCUCUAAGGUUUAAGCUGAAAAGGUACACUAGUAUAAACUGCACAAAAAUAACUUGAAAGGUCCCAUUCAUCUGAACGUUAAAAUUAUUCCCUUACAUCAUUUUCGUAAUGUUAAUGUAGAAUUCCACCUUGAAACAACUUUACAUCUUUUUUCGGCUCGUUGAAUGUUAAAAUAUUAUAUGAAGGGCACACAAUGACAAAACCGAGGAUGCACGGUAUAUUUCUUUCAGGUUAUCAACCGAAACUUUCAGAUUUGGGUAUGGAAAUAAUAAUUGAAGUUGAAUACAUUAUAAUAAUUCUCAUUUAUUAUGAUUUAUAGUUUACAAUUCAGUGUAAAAAAAUAUUCAAAUUACACAAUGAAUAGAACAAUUUCAACUAAAAAGAAGUAAAGAUUUUUUCUACAAAGUAUGAUUCACACUUCACACCUACCUGAUAACCUGAAAGGAAUUUUUGUAUAGAUGAGUAUAGAACAUUACGCUUCGUCUAAAAAUAGAAUAUACAUGCAUGUCGAUUUAAUCAUGCGUACGAAGUAUACAAACCUUACCUUUAACUCUCAAAAUGACCAACACGGCCAUGUUUAUUUCUUUUCUAGCUAUUUUGAUAGGAGCUGUAAACCUUGCUGUUUUGGUCGUUAAUUCUGUACUUUUAUUCUCCAUGCCUUCCCGUGAGUACGAGAACUGUACACGGAUGUGUUUACCUUGUGAAACAGAAGAGAAUGGGUUGUGUUGUGAUUGUCAAGUAGAGGGGCUCCAGGGAUACCUUACUAAGCUCUAUGAAAGAACUACAGAGACAUCGGGGAAAUACAAAGGAUUUUCAGACAACCGAAUCCCUAGCAGCUACUAUGGUAUGUCAUCCUACUAUAAACCUGCAGCAAAACUUUCAGGGGAUACAGAAAAUAAUCAAGAUAAAACGUCAAACAUGAAAACUGUAAAAUCAUGGCGGAAUGACAAUAUGUGCUACCUCAUCAAUGGCAUGGCAUUACGUCAUGGUCGUUUAGUUGUGCCAUUGGCUGGUGUAUAUCACGUGUAUGCAAUGUUUGAUAUCUCUCUUUUAAACAAUACAAGAGAGGCAUCUAUUGUAAUUAUGAAGUACAAUAUAUUAAAAGAUGAAGAGGUCUUAUUGAGUCGGCCUCUGUCUAACUGGGCAGUAUUGAGCCCUCAGAACAAUUAUCAACACAUCUAUUUGGGUGCUGACUUUCUGUUGAAUCAAGAAGAUGAAAUUUAUAUCAAACUUAGCCAUACUUUACAGUUUAAAAACCCCAGUGCCAAUGUAUUUGGUCUGUAUAUGUUAUGAUACUUUUUGUUAAUGUGCACUGUGUGUAUAUAUAUAUACGUCUUUAUACAAAAAUUGUUAUACAAAUUAUGCUGUGAUAUAUAUUGUCUUUCAGGUAAAUACAUGUAUUAGCUUUUUAUCUUUGUGUUUUUACUUUGAUUGUAUGGUUUUUUAGUUUCAUUGUUGCACAAUCAACAAAGAUAGGCAAUAUUACUUUCGCUUUGAACAUUUCAAAGCAUGUAUACAGAACGUUUUAUUAU